AUGCCGAGGACGAUGCGAGAGGCGCUCGGGGAGUGGCGGGGCGAGUUGGAGGCGGCGGAGGCGGCGUUUUUGGCGAUUCACGCGUUGAUGCUGGAUUCGGGGGCGAAGACCGCGGGAGAGAUUGAAUUGCGCGAUGGACUCGCGCGGCGAGGGUGUUACUCGGCGCGCUAUGCCGUCGGAGCGCGCGGGAGAGAGGAUACGGUGACGUGCUCGGUGCGCGCGCAGCCGGUGGAGUCGCGACUGUCGGUGUUCGGGACGCUGGAAUCGGACGCGGGAUCGGCUGGCGUCGCGUACGCGACGCUGAUUCAAGCCAGCGAUUACGUGGACGAGGGGGGGUCGAUCACGCCCGAGGGUUGUCGCGCGCUGUGGGCGAAAGUGAAAGAAGCGAUGACUACGAAGCUCUUCGAAGCGGCCGAGGCGCAGUUGGCGGGGAUCCUUUCGCCCGGCACGCUCAUGUCUCUUCCCACGGACGUCAAACGUAGAAUCGCCGAAAAUCUAGACGCGUACGGGUUGGCUUACUGCGCGUGCACGUGCAAAGAACUCCGCGCGGUGUGCUCGGACGACGAGCUUUGGACGCGGCUUUUACAGACGGAUUUCGACGUGCCUCCGAUGCCAACUGGAAUUUCUUCUCGCUCGUUGUACAACAAGCACGCGAUGCGUAGAUCGGCCGAGCGAGAGGAACGAUUACGGAUGGAGUCUUACCAUCCGAUGCCUGGUCGUUUGCCGCGUCAUGGCUUCAUGCCCGAUCCCGAUCGCGACAUUUACGCCGGAAUUCCCGGCCACGUGCCCGGCAUCAUCGGCGGCGAUUACGAUUUGUGGCCCGGCGGUCUCAACCCGAAUCCGCCGCCGCGCCCGAUCCCUGGUUACGGUAGAGGAGGAUUAGGUGGACCCGGACGACCGAGAGGAGGCUGGCCCGGCGGAGGGCCUCCUUUCCCGCCGCAACCGGGCGGGUUGCCUUACAAUCCCGAUCCCGACGCCGAUUUGCGAAACCCUCCCGACAUUCCCGGGCGAGGCCGAGGCGGAUUCCCGAGCAUGCCUCCCAAUCCGGGAUGGGACGGACGACCACGACCGCCGCCUGAUUUCUUUUAG